AUGCGAGUGCAAUUAAGUAUCCGAUUCAUCGAUACGGGGAAAAAACUGCUCAUAAAAAGUCAAGUUAGUAACGACCAUCCUAACAUCAUACCCAACUUUCUUCUCUCCUUUCAGACGAUCCUCAACUCAAUGCACAAGUACCAGCCUAGAUUUCACUUAGUCCGAGCGAACGAUAUCCUAAAGCUACCGUACUCGACGUUUCGUACCUACGUGUUUAAGGAAACCGAAUUCAUAGCCGUAACUGCAUAUCAAAAUGAAAAAAUAACGCAAUUGAAAAUAGAUAAUAAUCCCUUUGCAAAAGGGUUUCGUGAUACCGGUGCUGGCAAGCGGGAGAAGAACGAGGCGCAAUUUUCAACUGCCACAGCAUUACGAAGUUGUUCCGCCUUCCGGCAGUCGCUCAUGGGCCAGCGGAGUUCCGACGGAGACAAGCUCAGCCCGAGCUCCGUCAGCUCCUCCCGAGGUCCAGCUGGUUUGGACCACCGAACGAAUAGCAUAUCAACCCUGGACGACGACGACAAACUGCUAGACGUCGUUGGACCACCACAAAGCCCACUCCUCUCGCUCAGCCAGCAGAUGCAACAUCAUGCAGGAUGGUUCAAUUUUGAAGAUGUGCAACGCGCGGAGGAAGCGAUGCGAAGGCGACUCCAAUCGGACGAGAACGAACGCGACGGAAGUGACUCCAACUGUUCGGAUAGUGUUUCAGGAAGCACAGGUGCCUUUCGUCCGACCUCGGGCAGCCCCAAGGAAUCGUCGAGUAGCGCCGGCACGUCAUAUCCAUCGCCGAACAUCUCCGUAGGACCACCCAUCCAUCCGCCGCCGCAUCUGUUACCGUAUCUUUAUCCACCGGGCCUCUACCCGCCGCAUCACCUCUCGCUACUGCAUAAUCCUGCCGCGGCCGCAGCCAUGAACCCCAGUUUGCUGUUCAACGCCCAACUGGCCCUCGCUGCGCAGCAUCCAGCCUUCUUCGGUCACUACUCGGGCCAUUCACCAUCCUCGCCACUGCACGGUCUGAAAGGCCACCGUUUCUCGCCAUACAGUUUACCAGGUUCGGGUAUGGGCUCAGCGUUCGAUGCGGUCACGCCCGGAUCGAACUCUGGAGGACCACGAAGUCUUAGCAGUAGUCCUCAUCCACGUGCUGCCUCAAACUCGCCACCCACGAGACCAAUCUCAGUGUCCCCCACUCCCACCCAGAACCCAACGUCUCCGGCCUCGGCGGAGACUGGUGCUACCGCAAUACCGCCGUCGGCUCAGCCAGCGUCGAUGGUCGCCACUAUGCCUUCCAACUCGCCGUCCGAGUUGAAGAGCAUAGAGAAGAUGGUCAACGGGCUCGAGGUGCAGCACAACAUCAACGGCAACGUGGAGAACAGUAAACUGCAGCAGCUCGCCAGCCAUGACCAGUGACGACUCCUGGCCGGUCCGGCGAGUGACUUUGGCAGCAAUAGCAGCUCGCUGAAGCUCGACCAGGACAUGUGACAGUUGGCAAUAAGUUCCAGCAAGAUAUUCAGCGCAAUGUGAAUCUCUUGCACCGUGAUCAUUCGGCUUGCGGGGAAGGGGUUUCGAAUGGGCAAUGUUAGAGCAGAACCUGUUAUCUAGAUGAAUUACUGUGCAAAUAUUUAUGCUUAAACUAUAAGGGACGCCAAUCCGAACAAAGUCAGUGCACGCGCGCAGCGGCAGAGGACAGUCAAUGGUCAAACCUCUGCCUUCGUUUCUGUGUAAAGUUAGUUAAAUGAACGAGUAUAAACUUCAGCAUUAUUUUAACCAAGCAGAGAUCACUUUUAAAUACGGCGAAUGCUGUGCAGCGCACAUAAAUCUAUCGAGAGAGAGAGAGUCAGCAGGAACAACUAGUGAACUGUAAAUAGUCCGUACUGAGCACAGCGUAGAUGAAGAAGAA